GUCCGCCCGGCGUCGCCCGGGCGCACGCGGCGCGAAGGCGAGGCGUGGUUGGGGCACCUCCGGCGCGCGGAGGCAGCACACGAGGAGAGGGCCGAGUUCUCCGCGCAGGAGAGGAGCGUCCUCCCGUUCUGCCUGUCCCCCGCGCCGCGGUUCAAGGAUCGGCGGGGCACGGCCAGGGGCGCGCGACCGGGGGCUGAGGCCGCCCGGGCGUGGCCGACCGCCGGCCCCAGCCUGGAGAUGGAGCUGCCGCAGGGCGCCACCGAGGCGCGCGCGGGGGGCGCGAAUGCUGCGGCGCUGGCGCAGCAGGUCGAGCAGGCUGCCGCGGAAGAGGCCGCCGCGGAGGGCACCACUGUGCAGCCGCCCGCGCCGCAGGCGGCGGCUGCGGCGGCCGCCGGCGGAGAGGUCCGGGAGCCGUCGGGCGCGCGCGAGGCGCGGGCGGCGGCCUGCGGCGGAGCAGCGGCCGCCGCCAUCGCGGCGGAG